UUGGAUAGUUUUGGAACUAUCGCUUUUAUUUAGAACUGAUCUACAAAUAUUUUGACAGCUUAUCUCACCAUGCGACCAAAAUUCACCAAGCGAGCCGAAAAUGUUUAAAUUUUACGAUCUUUUAAUGAUAUAUAAUCUUCUAAAACAUCCAAUCAUCUUAGCGCCAGACGGUCUACCAAAACCCGUUCGAUUCGACUCCUCCCCCCAACCGUCCACCGCUCCAUCCACCACACAAUGCGUCACGCCAGAUGAUCAAUCAGUUCCAACCCCUAAAACACUCUUACCCGUUAUUUACUGCUUCCAGUUCGAACCGAUUAAAACGCAGAAGCUACUUCGGAUAAGUGCCAGUUUGUUUGGUGUGUGUGUCGUUUUUUUCGUGUCUUAUUUGCAUUCACACAGCAGCUGAUCCUCCCAGCAGCAGCAGCAGAUUGGACCACACAGAGGAGGACCGAGCUGUGACGCCGCAGCUCCAGCUGUUUUGGUUUUUGCUUUUUUUUUAUUGUUGCCAUUUCGGUGUCGACCAACAUGACGACCGCCGUAGGUCGAAGGCGUCGCCUAGCAGCGGAGUUCCGGUGGCUGAGGUUGCUCGCGUUGCUUCUAACCAUCGGCUGCCGGUUGACACGCGCCCACGUUGAUGAUUUUAUGGAAUUGCCCGACUACAUGAAGCUACCAAAACUGUUUGUGUAUGACGAUUUUGGUGAUUGCGUUGAUGAGAACCCGGAGAGCUUCGUGUUUUGCGUUGUGCACGCCCGGGUGUUGCCGGAUGAGUCGUCGGAACUAUGGCGGAAUAUCAGUUACAUAUCCAACAGUUAUCGCAACUAUGAUCACUCCAAACUGGAACGUGGAGUUUGCAUCCAGAGCUGCGAGAAUCAGAUUCGUACCGCGGGUACCACAGGCCUAUCCUCCAAUCGGUCCUAUGCCCAAUUGGCACGGCAUUGUGUCAGUAGUGAAAUCAAGCGCCAGUACGGUCUGGAUAUUUCCCAGGACUUGACCGUUUACCACUGUUACACCGCCGAUGACCUUCAUCCAGCACUUGGAACACUGGAAGCAUUGUUCUACCUUGUGUUGAUAGUGCUAGCCGUCCUGGUGGCAUCCGCUACUCUCUUCGACAUGCAACUAUCCAACCGAAAGGGUCAUCCGAAGCUUCAUUUCCAGCAACUACCGGAGAGUAAACGAGAAAGACUGCUGGUAGCGUUCUCUUUUCCUCGGAACUUCUACCGGUUGAAAGAUUCCGUCGGUGGCAGCAUACGACAAGAUCUGCAGUUCCUGGAAGCAUUCCGAGCUAUUCACAUGUUCCGGGUGAUCAUGCUGCACGUGUUCCUAGCUCACGACAAACUACCCCAGCGAAACACUUUCUUCAUAGAGGCCAUUCAGCAUCGGGCAGCAACCGUCGUCUACAUAGCCGAGUUCCAAAACUACAUUCAAACGUUCCUGUCGAUUUCGGGAAUGCUGUUGGUGGUUAACUUCCUUGAACACAUCCGGAAAAAUCCAGAUUUCGACCUGUCGGUCGCAUGGGAAAAGCUGAAGGCUAGACUGUGCCGGAUCGUACCGGCUUACGCGUUCGUCAUUUUUCUCGAGUGUGCCUUCAUGCGACGGAUGAUUGAUGGUCCAAUAGGACAGCACUUCAUCGGCGAGGCUCAGGCCAAUUGUCGACGCUGGUGGUGGGCGAAUCUGCUCUUCAUCAACAACUACAUUCAAACGGAUGAGCCGUGCUUGAUCCAAUCGUGGUACCUCGCAGCGGACAUGCAGCUGUUCCUCUACGGCCUAACGGUGAUGAUUUUGAUCUGGCGAUGGCCGCAUCUGAAAGAAUAUAUCUUCGGUACCGCUUUCCUCUGUGCCAUAGUAAUCCCGACCGUCGUUUCCUACGUGAAUAACGUUUCGCCGGCCAUGACUUCGCAUCUCGAAAACGCACAUCACUACAGCCGACAGCACACCUACCAGUACGAUAUCUACUUUCCCUUCCACCAGAACAUCGGAGCUUACUCCUUCGGAAUGCUAGCCGGUUUCAUCUAUCACCGCUGUCGUGACUCCAGAGCAACCCUCCUAAGGUCCAAACUAUUUUUGGCACUUUUUAACAUUUCCGUCAUUCUUUACUUCCUUAGUUUGGGAACCGUUUACUGGGUGAUCGCCUUCCGGGACAAUAUUCCACAGAUUUUACAAGCUAUUUACUCAACAUUCUUCAAACAAUCGUGGGCGAUUCUGACAACGGUGCUGCAGCUGGGACUAGCCUUGUUCACCUUGAACUCCUGGUUCAAACGAUUCUUCAGCCAUCCGUUCUUCGGCGUCGUAGGGAAGCUGUGCUAUAGCUUCUAUCUGAUCCAUUUCACCAUAAUCGAACUGGUGUACGGUGGAACAAUGAGCCCCAUCUACUCGAACGAGCGGGUUAUCGUGACAUAUGUAGCGCAAGUGUUCUGGUGGACGACGGUUGUCGGAAUGGCGCUGGCAGUGGUGAUCGAGUUGCCGAGUGCUGCCGCCCUUAAGGAACUGUUGGAUCGGCGGAAGCUAAAAACCGACAAAAUCCAACAGACGCAGAUUUCGACGAUUGAUGGCCGCAUCAAAGCGGACAGGUGCUGACAUUGUGUGACUGUAGGAUUUUUUACCCCACGUAGAUUUAGCUCGUCAUUAUGCUAAGAUAGGUUACGUAACACUUUUUUUCGUAAUCAUUGACACAGUAUUUUAGAUGAUCUGACAAAUUACACGUAUUUAUUAAUAGAUCAAUCAUCUGCUAGCAAUUUAUAAACAAACAUGGCGACGAGUUUUGAAUUAUUUUUUAUCACAUUCCACUGAGUGUUGCUGACAUCCAGGAUUCAAACAGUAAGGAUAGGUAAGUACCAAAGUGGAUGAAUUCCGGAGGCGUUCUUUUAUGAUGGUGGUUGACAUUCAAAUUGUGGAAGCACAUAUUGACUUAGCCGACUUCUUAUUUUGCGUUCUCAGAUCAAAGAUUUCCAACUGAACGAAGAUUCAAAAGUCAUCGAACCAAGCAUUGGUUUCGCUCGACUGAGCUUUAGUUUCCCUUCCUAUAAACGUACCGGUAUCCAGUGUAAGUACAGGUCAUAAAACUACAGGUGAAACAAGAUCCAGACAGUGAUUCAGUGGUAGUUUAAUCGUCUGCAAUGCAUAUAUAGCAACUGCACAACAGCUGAAAACAAAAUGCACAAAAAAGACUCCCGUCCAAACAAUCACGGCCAAUUCGAAAAUUUUCAUGUUCAUGGCUCGGAAGGUGAAUGAUCAAACAGAGGAAGGCCUUCGCAGAGUUAUCCGAAUCGGGGUAAUUCACGUUCACUUUUUUCCAGUACUUGAAAUGCGUUUAUUGUCCUAGGUCCGGGGAACGUUGGUAGCACCUAGCUGAGCUUGAUCUGCACUGGCGGCGGUUGAUUAAUCUGGAAGAUACUUGAGUGGGUGCGGGAACAAGUUCAAUGGAAGGUGGUGAGGUGAUCUUUCUAUUAAAUCAAGGUUACAGUUUCUAGCCUUUGUUUGGACGGCAACAACCUUACAGUGGAACCGUUCAACCAGCGACAACAAUGGAACCGGCUGAAUUGAAAUUAAAAGG